AUGGUUUCACAUCGGAAGGGUGUCAAGUUUAAACCUGCGGCUUGCGUCAGCCGCAACCAGACGCUCCAAGGCCGAUUGAAGCCUCUGCAAAUUGCGCAAUCUAGUCCCGCCACGCCGUUCUGGGGUUCUUUGGAUCGACAAGGCAGCAUCUUGCGCUAUGUGCCGGAUUUUGCAUCAAGCCGAGCAGAGGACUGGCUUCGACGCCUCCGCUCAUUGCCGUUCACACAGGGACGAGUGAAGGUGUUCGGCAAAGAAUACGAUGAACCCAGAUUGACUUGUUACUUUGGAGACAAAGCCUACAAGUACUCGGGGAGGACCAUCAAGCCCAAGCCGUGGUCUCGUGCUCCGGUCCUCCAGGAGAUUCGAAAGGAAGUGGAGAAGGUCACAGGUGAAACAUUCAAUUCAGUGCUAUGCAAUAAGUACAGGAAUGGAAAUGACACAGUGGGAUGGCACGCUGAUAAUGAAUCAAUCUAUGGCCCGCAACCCACUAUCGCAUCAGUCACCCUGGGCGCGGAGAGGGACUUUGAUCUGAAAGAAUGUGGUGGAAGACGUGAUGCUAAAGCUGGCAGGAUUCGUGUGCGUCUGGGACAUGGUAGUCUUCUGGUAAUGUCUGGAGCUACGCAGGAAUGCUGGCAACAUUCACUACCGCGACGCAAAGGAUUGAAGGAAGAGCGCAUCAAUCUGACCUUUCGCAAAGUCAUCGCUGGAGCCAUCGCUUGA